UAUAUAUUUAUAUACAUGCUGGUAUAUGGAACAAUUACAAUGGCGGGUGCAGAGUCAGGGUCACAGAAGAAGGUGUUCGACGCAGAAGCGGCGUCGUUUCUGGUGAAGGAGCUGAGAGAGAGCUUCGGGUCUGGAAGGACGCGAAGUUAUGAGUGGAGAGUGUCGCAGGUGAAGGCACUAUUGAAGGCGGUUGUUGAAAACGAGGACCAAAUCGUCGAUGCUCUUCGUUCCGACCUAGCCAAGCCUCCACUCGAAACUGUCGUCUACGAGGUUGGUAUGUUUAAAAACUCAUGUGAAGUCAUACUGAAGGAAUUGAAGCAUUGGAUGGUGCCAGAAAAGGUCAAAACUUCAAUCUCAACUUUUCCAUCUUCAGCUGAAAUAGUGCCUGAACCGCUGGGUGUUGUGUUGGUCAUCUCUGCAUGGAACUAUCCAAUUUUGUUGUCCCUCGAUCCAGUUGUUGGAGCUAUAGCAGCUGGUAAUGCUGUGGUUUUAAAACCAUCAGAAAUUGCUCCGGCCUCAUCAUCCCUACUAGCGAAAUUGAUUGAGAAGUAUAUGGAUAACUCAUUUAUAAGAGUUGUCGAGGGGGCAGUUGAUGAAACAACUGCAUUAUUGCAGCAAAAAUGGGACAAGAUUUUCUACACAGGUAAUGGAAAAGUGGGAAGAAUAGUGAUGACUGCUGCUGCAAAACACCUUACACCAGUUGUGCUAGAGCUUGGAGGAAAAUCUCCGGUUGUUGUUGAUUCAAAUAUCAAUUUGAAGGUCGCAGCUAGGCGAAUAAUUUCUGGAAAGUGGGGACUGAACAAUGGACAAGCAUGCAUUUCUCCAGAUUAUAUUAUAACAACAAAAGAUUGUGCUCCCAAGUUGGUGGAUGUCCUAAAGACUGAAUUGGAAAAUUGUUAUGGAAAAAACCCGUUAGAAUCAGAAGAUUUGUCUCGAAUUGUUAGUUCCAACCACUUUGCUCGGUUGUCAAAGCUAUUGAAUGAUGACAAGGUUUCUGGCAAGAUUGCUUAUGGAGGUGAAAAGGAUGAAAAAAAAUUAAGGAUCGCUCCCACUGUUUUAUUGGAUGUUCCUCAAGAUUCUCUAAUAAUGGGUGAAGAGAUAUUUGGUCCAUUACUUCCCAUCAUCACGGUCAAUAAAGUGGAAGAAAGUAUAGAUGUGAUCAACUCAGGAUCAAAGCCCCUCGCUGCAUAUAUAUUUACAAACAACAAAAAGUUCAAGGAGCAGUUCGUAAAGAAUGUUUCUGCCGGGGGUUUGCUCGUCAAUGACACUGUCUUACAUCUUGUGGUUCAUACAUUGCCAUUUGGGGGAGUUGGGGAGAGUGGAAUGGGUGCAUACCACGGGAAGUUCUCCUUUGAUGCUUUUACACACAAAAAGGCUGUUCUUUAUCGCAGUUUUGCUGGUGAUGCUUCAUUAAGGUAUCCACCAUACACGGAUACAAAGCUGAGAUUGAUGAAGGCUCUCAUUGGUGGGAGUAUCAUUGGCAUAAUUCGUGCUCUUUUCGGAUGGUCCUAACUUUAAUUCGUUUUGGAAUCUGGCUGUUGUUAAUGUAAUAAUUUAUCUUUCGUUCUGGUUAUUUUGUAUUUAGCAUGCUUAUUUAUUUAUUAUUAUUGUUUUUAAAGGAAAUACCAAUAAGAAAGAAUUGUGAGUUGUGACUGAAAUAGAAAAUUAAUUGUUGCUA